CUGGAAGAAGGAGGGUGACUACAUGUCAUUCUUCUAUUUUGGAUCUCAGGGGUAAGAUUCUAGACUUUUCAUUCCAGGACAGUUUUCAACUGCUACCAGCUUAAAAAAAAAGCAAAUUCUAUCUGAUGUUGGAACUAUUUCAAGAUUAUAAACUGCAAGCCUCCCAACCCUGACCUGGCUGAUACAGAUCAGAUGGUGACUGAAUAGAACCUGCCCCAGUCCGGGUCCAUGAUGUACUCACCAGUUGAAAUUUCAGAAGCUGAAUAUCCACAAGUUGAAUAUCAAAGAAGACAACAGUUUUGGGACCCAAUAAGGCUAGCUCUUUUCACGUUGGCGAUUGUAGCAAUCAUAGGAAUUUCAAUUGGUAUUGUUACUCAUUUUGUUGUUGAGGAUGAUAAGUCAUUCUAUUACCUUGCCUCUUUUAAAGUCACAAAUAUCAAAUAUAAAGAAAAUUAUGCAAUGAGAUCCUCAAGAGAAUUUACAGAAAGGAGUCAUCAGAUUGAGAGAAUGAUGUCUAGGAUAUUCCGACGUUCUUCUGGAGGGGGUAGAUUUAUCAAAUCUCAUGUUAUCAAAAUAAGUCCAGAUGAACAAGGUGUGAACAUUCUUAUGGUGCUCAUGUUUCGAUACCCAUCUACUGACAGUACUGAAAUAAUCAGGAAAAAAAUUGAAAGGAGUUUUUACCAAAGUCUGAAGAUCAAACAAUUGCCCCUGACCAUAAAUAAACCAUCAUUUACACUCACACCUAUUGACAGCAAAAAGAUGAGGAAUCUUCUCAAUAGUCGCUGUGGAAUAAGGAUGACAUCUUCAAACAUGCCAUUACCAGCAUCGUCUUCUACAGAAAGGAUUGUCCAAGGAAGAGAGACUGCUAUGGAAGGGGAGUGGCCAUGGCAGGCCAGCCUGCAGCUCAUAGGGGCAGGCCAUCAGUGUGGAGCCAGCCUCAUCAGUAACACAUGGCUGCUCACAGCUGCUCACUGUUUCCGGAGGAAUAAGGACCCAAGUCAAUGGAUUGUGACUUUUGGUACAACUAUAACACCACCUGCUGUGAUACGAAGUGUGGGGAAAAUUAUCCUCCAUGAAAAUUACCAUAGAGAAACGAAUGAAAAUGACAUUGCUUUGGCUCAGCUCACAACUCGAGUUGAAUUUUCAAAUGUAGUCCAGAGAGUAUGCCUCCCAGAUUCAUCUAUGAAGUUGCCACCUAAAACCAGUGUUUUUGUCACAGGAUUUGGUUCCAUUGUAGAUGAUGGACCUACACAAAAUAAACUUCGUCAAGCCAGGGUGGAAACCAUAGGUACUGAUGUAUGUAACAGAAAGGAUGUGUAUGAUGGCCUGGUAACUCCAGGGAUGUUGUGUGCUGGAUUCAUGGAAGGGAAAGUGGAUGCGUGUAAGGGAGAUUCUGGUGGACCUCUGGUUUAUGAUAAUCGUGACAUCUGGUACAUUGUUGGUAUAGUAAGUUGGGGACAAUCAUGUGCUCUUCCCAAAAAACCUGGUGUCUACACAAGAGUGACUAAGUAUCGAGACUGGAUUGCCUCAAAGACUGGUAUCUAGCAUGGAUGGUCCAUGAGUUACACUGACGGCAAGUAGAACUGAAACAUCUACAUCUUUUAUAUUAUCAUUUAGACCCAUGUGGUUUGAAUCAGUGCUUUUGCUACAUGGCGAGAAACUCUUGAGACCUGAACCAAUCUAAUAUUCUGAGGUGGAUCUUGUGAAUUUUUGAACAAACUCUACCUCAAGGGAAGAAGACAACACACAUGACAGUUAGCACUGAUUCCUCACUCACCUGGGAAACUGUGAUAGUUCUUAAUGUGAUAAAUACUUACAAGUGGUGUAAUUCCUUGAUGGAAGAUGGGGAUCAUCAUUUUUCACAGGAUAUGAAGUGCUGCCAGGCUGUCACAAUCUUACCUUACUAACACCUGAAGCAUCAGGGAUUCUUCUAGCAAAAAGUCAAACAGCAGUCUUUCCUGAAGAUUCAGAGCUUCAAGAUUCUACACUGGACAUUUCAUAGCUGGAAUGAGGAGCAUGGGAUCUGCAAUAUAACUUGAACUUUAACCUGGGUUUAUAUAUAGCAGUACAGAGCAUUAUCAUGUAUCUGAACUUGCCAUUAAUACUGCAUUAGGCACUCAAGGACUAGCUUCCAGAAGCAUGUUGUGUUGUUAAGAAGCAUUUCUUAUUUAUUCUUCAAUGAUAUCUUGCCAUCUAUACAGAGUCAGAGUCAGCCCCAAAUGAAGAAGACUCUUGGGAACAAUUUUCCAUGAGUACAAGGAAGAUAUAAAGAAGGGGACAAAGAUUAGCAGAGUUGGUUUUGAAUGAUUAUUUGUGGAAAAAAACACUCUAAAUAUUUGAUGGAAUGAGCCAUCCACUUAUUUGUUUAGUGAUAUCUACAUCAGCAUAUGAUAUCUGGUGCUUUUUUAAGUCAGCAGCUCAGCUUUCCAACAGAUCAGAUGUGUAUCAGAACGUAGGCUGUAGAACUAAUUUGUAUGAAGUACUUUGGACAGUGCCUGGCAUACACUAAAUAAAGGGAAACAAAUGCCUCAGCAAGCUUUAGAUAAACGAAUUCAAAUUUGUCAAAUAACUGAAUAACCUUAGGGCUUAAAUAUAGCUCAAAGCCUAGUGAUGGGUAUAAUCAUACAGAGCACAGACUCUUUGAAACAGGGCUGCCAGAGUUUGAACCUUGUCUCUGCCACAUUUGAACUAUUUCCUUCAGCAAAUUACUUAACAUCUCUAUUCAUUAGCUCUUUCAUCUCUAAUUGGGACUGAAAAAAAGGUACUACCUCAUAUGGCUGUUAUGAGGACUAAAUGCAUUAACUUAAGUAGAACACUUGCAUCGGAGUCUGCAAACAGUAAGCUCUCAAAAUGGAUGAUUACUGUUAAUCAUUAUUAAUAUGCUUUGGCCCUAAUAAAACUUACUAUACUUUUUAAAAAUUGCCCUUUGCUUCUUUAAAGUGAUGCAAUCAAUUUCAAAUUACUUUAAAUUACAUUAUAAAAACAUUAGGUGAAGUACUAUGCUAGAUUACCAAAAUUACUUUUAUAUUCCUUAAUUUAUUUCAAACUAUGUCUACUUAUAGAUAAACACUCAGGAUGACCAUCUGGGGCCAUGGUUGUGGCUACAGAAGUGCAUCUGUAUUCAUUACCACUUCAAAUGUGAGACAAGAUUUUUUGCUCUUAUUUAUCAGAGAAAAACUUGGCCCAUCCAGUUCUUUAAUGAUCAAAAGUUUUGUUUUAUUUUGUUAGUUUGUAUGUAUAUGUACUUUUCUGUAAUGUGUAAAUAAGAUAAACAUAACUAAAGAAAAUCUCCUAGUUAUUGUUUGUAAGACCAUAAGCACAGAGGGUUCAUGCAUACAUGCACACUUCAUUUUUUAAAAGGAAAGUUAUCAACUUUCUGAUAUGAUGACUAGUAACAAGUAAAUAUUAUCAGAAUAACCAGAGUAAAAACUUAAAUUCUCAUACUUCCUUAAUUCUAAGUUCCUAUACUCUGCAAAUAGCACAAAAACAUCUAAAGCUUUCAAAAGAACAUUUGGCAUAAUAAAGAUGUGCUUGAUUGAUCUUAGACAUUUUUUAUAUUAAAGGUAAACACCUCUUCUGGUACAUAGAAGAAAGCAAACCUGCCUCAAAAAAACAAAUUGCUUUCUUCCAUGUAAGUUCUGAAAUAAUGGAUGUGUAACAUUGUGCAAUUUUUUUUUUUAUAUUUCACAAGACUGUGAUAACUUUUGUGCAUAUAUAUCUGUGAAACUGUAUACUUAUUUAAAUAUUUCUAUGCUUAAUUAAAAUCAAUUUGAUGACAUUCACAAAUGAGGAGAAUAAAUACAAAAGAUCAUAUAGAAAGCUGAGCAAUGGAAAAAUGGAAUUUUUAAAGGAGGAUUUAUGUGUCAUCUUUCGAGUUUGGUAUUUGACCUACUGAAUGGUGUUAUAGGAAUUAUGCAGUGUCUUUUACCUCAUGUUUUCCUUCUGCCAAAUGGGACAUUAAGCUAUCUACCUCAUGGCAUUGUUGUGAGGCUUUCCUGCUGAGUGAUAAAGAUGAAAGUCAAAGAAUAUUUAAGACUUGCUUAAAAAUACAAAGUAUAUUAUUGUAAACUGAUAUCAAUACAGCUGAUGCUGAAAAUGCAUUAAGAUUAUAAAUAAGUUUGAUUUUUUUUACGGUGUUGGCAUUUUAAUGCUUUGUGAAUUUCGCAAAUAUAUUUGUGGUUAAAAACAAACAAACAAACAAAACAUUAAAGUUUGCCUCCUGUGUGGUGAUGUUAUAUUAACAUUCACAUUUUCUCAUAGAAAAAAGCCUGCAAUUUGUCAAACUCAUUUUAAAAGACAGAUCAAAACUAUGAUCUGACAGUAAAUAAUGCAAAAUCUACUCCCUAAAAAUCUUCACAGAAUUUUGUGCAGCAUGGGUACUAAAGAGUUAGUUUACAUUUUAAAACCUAGAAGAAGCUAGUUUAUAACCUAGAAGCUAGAAGCUAGAAGAUUGAACCAAAAUUUUUGCUAAUGGUUAACUAUCUCUCAGUGACAUUUUCACAACUCAACAGUAACAACAAAAAAUAUAUUAAUGGGAAUCUGCCCUUUUAACUGAACAAAUUUGUUAAUGUUUUUAUUUGUUUGUUAAUCUAUUUGUUUGAUAGAGAAUGUGUGGGAGACAUUUGUUCAUGCAAUUGUGGAAAUAAAAAAUAAACUCAUCAUAAAUGAUUGAAAUUAAUGCUGAACUCAUAGCUUCUAGUACUGGGAGAAACUUAAGUGAUUAUUUACAUCAACCUCCUAUUUUGAGUAGUGUGAUGUCAAGACCAAGUGAAUUUCUUCAAGGUUGUACAGUAGGCUAUUGCCAGUGUAGGAACAAAAUCUUGAAGUUCUUGUUAUCCAUUCCUAUCUUCUCCCAAAUGUUAUAACCUGAGUUGUGCAGGCUCAGUAGGCAGGGACAUUGUGAU